CACACCACCGUCUGGGGGGUAUUGUGUGUCGAUUUGAUGAAGUCGGACUGGAGCUACUUGACACUUGUAUUCAGACAUUACACCUAGCGAGGAUGCUGCCGUUGUUGGCGCCGUCGAGUGUAUACGAGUACAUGUCUACGCACCAUGAAGCUGAGUUAAACGAAGCUCGCCAGCGGUACCUCGCAAAGAGACAGCAGCUUCUUCAAGACUCGGAGAUACGCGGUCCAUCACCAUCUCCGUCCGGCAAGCGACUCGUAAAAAGGAACAAGAAGAAACACACCCGUCUCCUCUCCCUGCCCACCUCACGGACCAAGACCGCUCACCCCCAUCGUCACGGUUUCCUGCACAUCACCCGCGUACCCUGGGAGAUUUCUAACCUCCCGUCGCGAAGUAAAAAGCAUCAUGAUUAUCCCGUUGCUGUACAGUGCCAUGUCCAUAUAGUGCGCGAGACAUCGUUCGCGGGUAGUUUGUUCAAGAGACUCCCCCGGGAGGUGUACGAUUUGAUCCUCCAAAAGCUGGAGCAAAUCUACCAUUGCCAGCCUCAGGAGCGGACGGAGAGGGAGGGCUGGAGUGGCAGACCGUCACCCUAUCUUCGGGAUCUGUACAGUUUGUCCUUGACGAGCAGGGCUUGGAAUAGAGCUGCUACUGAUCGAAUGUACCACCACAUCUCCCUCGCCGUUUCCCUCCCUCCCUCCUUUUCCUGCUCCUCCUCAUCCUCCUCCUACCACCACCGCCCCCCACUCCUCACACCCCCCCUAACCCGCCUCAAACUCCUCCGCCUCACCCUCCGCUCCUCCCCGCACCUAGCCACCCUCGUCACAACCCUGGACCUCACCCUCCUCCACCCAAUCUACCUCGUCGCCACCAUCGAAAAGGAAACCAUCACAAACGCCAUAGCCAGCCUCAUCAUGGCCUGCCCCCAUCUCGAACGCAUCCACGGAUUCCCACUCAAAUACACCCAUCGUUUCUCCAGAUACGAGCACGCGCUCAGCACACGCCGGCAUCUGAAAGAGAAGACGUGGAUACUCGCGGAUCCAGAUCCGUCAGACGUGGAAGAAGAAGAAGAAGAAGAUUUCGGUUACUCAGAAGCGGAGAUGGGACUCCAAGCGCAGUAUCAGCACAACAAAGACCUCCACGACUUCGGCGCCGACCCAACCACGAAAUUCUACCACCCAAGCAACGACCCGACAGAGCGCUUCCUAGACCUCAACAGCCGCCAUCCUCACCUCUCGCACUUGACCAUCCGCCAACACUACCAUUACUGCUCCUCCUCAAUUACCAACUCCACCACCUCCACCUCCACAACAACAACAACGACGACGAAUGCAAUCACCACACCCCUCACCUUCCGCGCCCUCAUCGGAACCCUGCACCUCCUCCCCUCCCUCCGGCACCUCGGCCUCAUCGCCCUCCCCGCCUGCUCCUUCACAAACCUGACGCUCAUGUCGCUCCCUCAUGCCCUCGGACUGCGCACCUUGCGAUUGGAAGGUUUACCGGGGGUCAACGAAAAGGGGGUGCGGCGAUUCGUGUCGGAACACCCUGUGGCUGUCGGUUUGGAGCGCCUGGAGCUGGUGGGCAUGAUGAAUCUGAAAACCGGAUCGUGGAAACGGGAGGGCGGGGGCUGUGGCCAGGUCAUCGGGGGGUUGAUCCGCGCACGGCUUAUCAUUUCAUAGCGAUGUGAGAGACGGUGGUGUACAGGCUCCAAGUGGAAAUCUGGAAAUAGGUUUUGAGCACAGUGUGUAUAUUCGUCCUAUUCAGCAUGUAGCCACGAAGACAGUAAUCAUUACGAGAAACCAGACGACACUCAAUUCCCUCAAACAGGCCGCGAUUGCCGACCCCCAACCUGUCCAAUGCCCGUGCCCCUCCUCAGAGAACGCCCAUCAUUAACAAAACUCAAGUGACAUU